GCAGAGAGGCCUAAAGCAGAGAGAGGGGUGAAAAAGAAACGGAAAGUAUUAAGGAAACGGCGCAAAGCCCCUCCUCUAAAACAGCCGUCACUCAUCCUUCCCUUCCCCCCCAACUAUAUUCAAGUCAAAGUCGACCUCCCUUUCCCCUUCUCUCCCCCUUUUAAUUAUUCCAGCCGUCAGGAUACGAACCCGCCGCCCACCCUGUUUCUUUGAGCAAUCGAACACCGUAGAGUAGAUAGUUUAGUUUCCUCCUCUUGCCUCCAAGAAAGGAAGAAGAGAAAGAGGGAGAGAGAGAGCCGUCAGAUGGCGUCGGCGACGAUGAUGACGGUGGGGGCGCCGGUGUUCCGGUCGGAGUACAUGUUCUCGGAGCAGCACGGCGGGUAUAUAGAGCGCCGGCAGCUCUUCCUUCGCAGCUACCACUUCUCCCGGAAGCAGAGCCCCCGGGAGCGGGUCCGCCGCUCCCUCGUCCGCGUCCGCCGCCUCGUGUGGGUCCGCCUCCGCGCCGCCCGCAGGCUGCCGCGCCUCCUCUGGGUUCGCCUCCGCUCCGCCUGCUGGCCCUCCGCCCCCCGCCGCCGUCGCAGCUUCCAACGCCUCGCGGCCCUCCAGCCCCGUCGAUCGAGUGCCAGCUCCAGCGCCGCCGGCGUCAGCGACUGGUCCUCGUAAGGCAACGGCAACUACCAGUAGCCAUCGAGAAAGAGAACGAACUAGCAGCAGCAGCCGAUCUCAAGGAUGAUGAAGAUGAUGAAGUUUCUUCGUUUUUUUUUUCUUUUUGCUUUUUCCAUUUCUAAUUAAUUCAACGCAUAUCUGCGGCUCAAGUUUACGGUAGAGGACGAGAAAUCUUUCUCCUCCUCGUCUGUUGUUUAUUAAAGAAAAUAGGCUUUUCCCUU